AUGCGGAGCGAGAGUAGGACCAGGCCCGGGCCCGCCCUCUCCGGCGCGGCCCCGCCCCCGAGGCGGUGGCGCGCGGCCGCCGUGAGGUGGCCCGGCGGCUCCGGGGGCGGCUCCGGGGGCGGCUCCGGCGGAGCGGCUGAUUUUGAAGUGUGCAAUGAAGAUAGCAAAGGCUAUUUAAGCAGAGAAGACUCUACAGUUGGUCUAGUAAUGUCUUUUUUGUAGAAACCCUCAAAGACCAAGGAAGAUAGAGGAUUUUUGCCUUUUGAAAACUUCAAGAGAGCUUUCAAUUCCGUUUUUCCUAAGUUAUCUGAAAAAAUCAUAUUCAGAGCCACCAGAGAAGUUGAUCAGGAUUCUGAUGGCUGCAUCAGCUUCAAAGAGGUUGAAUCUGCAAUGAAGUAUGGACAAGAUGAAGUAUCACCAGUGUACUUUGCCUAAGGAAUAUUUUCUGGUAAAAAGACAAAGUGAAAACUUCAGAUCUCAAGAUAUUUAAAAAUCAAUGAAACUUCAUUUGUUUCAGCCAGCAUUUUAAGAACUUUGACUAGUCAUUCUGGUCCUGCAAAUCAAGAUUCUUUCUGGAGAAGAAUAAACUAGAAGAUUGUUCUGGGCUCACAUGAAACAUGCAGAAAUAUCCAAUGGAGACAUGAGUCUGAAUAAUGACUACUUUGCAGCGCCAGGAAUUCCCCAAGCCUUCCUCCAAUAUGUUGAGCAGUCCAGCUGACCAUCAGCAACAAGGCAUCCCAUUCUUCAUGUCUGAUUUUUCAAUGGAAAGACAAGCCAGUGUCACUGCCCUGAGUGUCCUCUUGGAUUUGUUUCCAUGGCUCAAGGCCUUUUGGACAUUGAUCAAAGUUAGAGUGGGGGUAGAGUUUGCCAAUCUGCUCCAGUGUCUCUUUACCACACUCACAGUAAAGACUUUCUUCCUAAUAUCUAAUCUAAACCUACUUUCUUUCAAUUCGAGACCAUUUCCCCUUGUCCUGUCACUACAUUCAUAAAAAGUCCCUCUCCAGCUUUCUUGUAGGAUCCCCUCAGGUUCUGGAAGGCAGCAAUUAGGUCCCCCAAAAGCUUUCUUUUUUCCAGACUGAACAAACCUAAUUCCCUCAGCCUCUCCUACUAAAUUACUAGUUUUGCACUGAAGUAUUUGCUAAUGUAGAGUUAGUCAGGGAGUCUGAUGUUUAAACUUGCUUUGAUACCCCUGCUGUGGAGAACAUCUUGGCCUUAGUCAAAUGAUGUGUCUCACUGACCCCAGAGAGGAGUAUUUCUUUGUGUGCUUCAGUCAAGUUUGCAUUUGUUUAUAAAAUUCUUCUAAAGAGCCAUUCUAGUUUAUAGAAUUUUAAUUUACCAUUGGCUUUACUAUAUGCAGCAAGAAGUUGAAUAAUGUGGACAAAGAUGGCCUACAAACUAGCUAUGAAAAUUAAGACACCUACAGUGGUGCAUCUUAGACUGACUUGCUGUGUUGAAAGAUCUGAGAUAUGUCUCCUGAGAAAAGCCUAGUAGCUGCAGAAUAUUCAUGCUAGAAAUGAAAAAACUUUUAAAUACUUAAUCCUUCUUGGAGAAGAAAGCUGUGAUAGAUGUUAAAUAAUUGUGAAAUAUUCAGUGGCAUACUGAAAUGUAGCAGAUGCUAUGGAAUCAUGUUAUAGUCAAACAUUGUACUAAUUUUGUAAGUGUCAUAUAUUUGUUAGCAUUCCUAUUUCUGGCUAAGGGCAAUGUUGAGAGUUAGUAGUAUGAAAUCUAGUGAUAAAAGAGUACAAAUAGCAAGUCAUUUGAAGUUCUGCUCAGCCACUCUGUUGGGAAGGCAGCAUACAGACAUAUGUGUCUGUCUCAAAAGGCCUCAGAAGUUGAAUCACAUGACAAUCUGACUUUUGACAGUAUUGUCGUGGAAGAGGAAAGCCCAAAUCCAAUACUGACAUCUUGUGCCAAAAGCAAGCAGCCCUGAGAUAGGACCACAAGUACCCUAGAUUUUUCAAGUCCUCAUUUGGAGGACAGGUAAGCAUGACCUGAUAAACUAGCAUAUAUAUGAGGAACAUGUUUUAAGACUUCUUUUUAUUUCUGAGAAGGUCUUGGUCUGAAUCAAUACAUUUAAUUAAAUGUUUUGGGAGGGAAGGUGUUAUUUAGUUUUUUCAGAGUUAGCUUUGUGAAAUGGACACUUUUUAUUGGAUAUUGUAAUAAUACCCUGAAGUCAGACCUGGGAAAAUGACAGAACUGUACAAAUGAUGGAGCCAAAAAAACCUUUCUGGACAGAGACAAAAUUUCAGCACAUGAAAGAUCAAAAGCAGAGUCCUGAAACUUAAGAUAAAUGCAAGAAAAUUGUAAUUGUGCUAUGAGACAGAUCUAGGAUCCACCUCUUUCAAAGUGCAGUCUGGCAGUUGGUAGCAGUGAUGAUGUAGCAAUAGGGCUGUAGAAGAGUGAUGCCUCCCUGAAAUGCUCUGUGUGUCCAGCAGCCAGAGGUUCACAUCUCCCCUCCAUCAUGUACUGUACAAUUGAUGUGAUUCUGUUCUCAAUCACACUUGCUCCUCUCUAUGUGGCUUUUUUCAGUCCUGCUUUUUUUUCAGUCUUUUUGAGAUGAUCAGAACUAUGCUCACUACUGAGGUUGUGGAAAGAACUGUGGCUUUAUAUAGCAGCAUUGUAUUGUUUCUCAUUUUGUGUUCUCUAACUUUCAUAUUAAGAAUUUCAAAUUCUUUCGUGAAAUGGAUGUAGAGUUAAUUCAGAAAUGUUAGGAAGCAGUUAGAUUUCUCUUUAUUUUUGCCAUGAUCAUAAUUCAUAGAUGAUAUAUAAUUGUACUAUCAUAAAAAAUACAUACAUAUAUAUGAUGUGGUUCAUAAAUAAGAAAUAAAAAUUAGAAGUUAGAUUAUUUGUGAUAUUUAAGCACCUAAGCAAAUAGGAAGGGAGCUCUUUUAAUCUUCAAAAUGAUUGAAGCAGCUAAGUGCUAGCUUGUACUGAAAUCUAAUUGUACAUCAGUUUGAAAACCCUGCAGGAAUUAGCUUGCAGUUUUGGGGCUAUUUUAAAAAUUAGACACCUUAUAUGAAUAAAUAGGAAAAGGAAGAAUUUUGAAAGUGAGACACCUAUCAUAGAAAGCCUCAGUCACACAUUUUCCUGAGAACAUGAUGCAGAUCCUCAGACUGGUACUUGAUCACUGGUGGAUUUAUAGACUAUAGAGCAAUAUAAUGCAGAAUGCUGCCUAGACACAAGGUUUGAGGUCUGAGCUCUGCUGUGGUGACACAGCUGUGCUGCUCUGAGAGGGAGGAGUCCUCCCAGCAUCUGCCGAGGACCUCUGCACUGCUGUCCUGUGCUCCACCUGCCCUGUUAGGCAAGGGGUGUUCAGAUCUGUGUGCUGUGCCACAACCUCUGUGUGUUAUGAUCAGACAGGGUCUGUUUCAUAUAGAGAGAUUUGCUCUGUUCACAAUGAUCCAUGAGAACAGCUGCAGAUUUCUAAACUUAGCAAAUCACCUACAUUUACUGGGCCUGAAGAAAAGUGAGUCAUGCAGAUUUAUUAAAAAAUCAUUUACUACUGAAGCUUAUUAGGUGCUUUGACAAAGACUGGCCAGAAAUUAUGUUAGCAUUGUUGCUAUAAUUAAAAUGUUUUGCUCUUAAUUUGAAAACUGUCAUGAUCUACAAGUUGGGAUGUUGUGUUUAAAUUUAGAUCAGGAAAAGACCAGUUUUUAGACAUACAGAAUGGAAAGCUGUAGGUCAAGGGUGAGAAAUCAUGUUGAAUCUUUACCUGAGAGCUCGUCAUGGCAAAAAGAACAGUAGAAACACAAGAAAAAAAUUAUAUUUGUAACUCUCUGAUUUGUACCAGUUCUCCACUGCAGUGAUUCAUCAUUGCAGUUCUUUGUUCUCUAUGGCAGUUCUCUACCUAUAAUAUAGAACAAAAAAAAAUUAGAAAUGGUGUACACAGGGCAAGGGACAUGAAGAAAUUCAGGCACCUUUGUCCUCCUGAAAUAAUAUGAACUUCAGAAAUGCCCUAUGGGUCAGGUCUGUGGUCCAUUAAGUUCAAUAGCCUGCCUCCAACAGUGCUCAGGGGGAAACACUAUUUGGAAAGAGCACAGAAGGCACGGUGUUGCCUGCAGUUCAGUCCCCUCAUACUUCAGCAUCCACAGACACCAGACUAAGAAAGAUGGAGGGCACUCUGCUAGUCUUAAAGACUUAUGAGACAAAACCCCCAAACAUUUACUUUUACCAGAACUGCUAAACACAGACCAAGCUAAACUUGAAAUGGCUGGGACCCUUCCAAUCAUAGUUGAAAAAACAAAAGCUGAACUCUGUCAUAACAAAAUGUAAACAGUCAGAGACUUUCAAAGUGUAUUUAUGAUCUUUUAUAUAGAUAUAUCAUUCAGUAUUCUUUUACAGCCUGCUAUUUCUCCUAGGAAGCAUAUAAAUGAGAUUAUAUUUUAGCUGCUAAUUGAUAGUGUUCCACAGCCUUCUGACAACAGAGGAGAUUCUUCAGUGUCAGCUUUGCUCUCCCUUGCACCUACUUGCUUUGAAAUUACUUUUGUCAUGCUUUCAGCAAGACAAUAGCUCUUAACAGGGGCCUUGGUAUCAAAGAUGUAAAGAUUCAAAGAUGGGCUUACACAGAAAUCCUUCAGUUAUAUUUUAUUUCAAAACUUCUGUUUGAGUUAAAAAUGAGAAAGUUAUUUCUCUCAAUGACAUACCUUUGUAUUUCACAAAGGUUUCCAAUGCUGUUUGUGUAUUGCAUCAAAUAUGUUCAAAUGUGGUAUAAAUAAUGAGCUGUCCACUUAAUUAUUUACAGGUCUUCAAUAAUCUGCAAACUAAAACAAUCAUUAAAAAUCAUUAACAUUAUAAUAAUAAAUUAAAAAAUAUAUAUACAUCUUCUAUACAACUGCUUGGGAAAGAUUCCUUAUAAAUUUCUAAAUGAAGUUAUACUGCAUUGUUUAUUGUAAUUUCAAAAUCUGAUGCCACUUAGUGUGGGAUCAAAUCCCUCACAGAGGCUGUCAUAUCACACCAACAUUAAGAGUUGGACUUGAUGAUCUUAAAGGUCUUUUCCAAAGUAAAUGCUCCCAUGAUUCUAUUAUUAAUACAGCUGACUCAUAAUUCCAAGUUUGUUUAACAAGGUCUGAUUUUUAAAAAUGUGUUGAUUGACAUAAGGAUAAUACCAUCCUGUGAUUUCUGACUGGGUAUAGUAUUCUCUCAUGCAUUAUCUUCACUUCUUAUUUAUAUUUGGUCCUUUUUAUGUCAUUCUUGCACUGUAAAGGGAUGUUAGAAUGAGUGUUAGUGUGCUUUAUACUCCGUUUAUAUUCCUAAAGUGGUAUAUAAAAAAAAAAUUAAGAAUAUAAGCAAGGUUAUUUUAUGUAACUUUGUAUGUGCUUGAAGUUGUGGGCUUCUCUGUGAGAUUGCACAGAGUAUCUCAGAUUCCAGGAAAUAUUACAUCUUCCCAAGUGAAUGGCAAUAAUUGAAGUACCUAUCUUCCAUCUCUCACUUUAGAGGCUUUCUUCACUCCUUCUGUUACACAAUCGUUAUGGAUGUGACAUCCAGUUAUUACAUGAAAAAGUAGAGAUUUCCAGGAGAUAAAAUCUCAAUUAAUACAAGGACCCUUUGAGCUGGGAAGUCUAGCUAAAAAUUCUUCUGAAGGAGAAUCUGAAGCCAAGACAAAUGUUCAACAGAUUGCAUUUCAGUGCUUUCCAGAGGUAGCCUGAAUCCUCAUACUCUCACAUGAAUGACUUGAAAUUAAUUUCUACUUUUCUAUUUACUUUCCAAUAGCAUGAAUUUAGUUUACAUUAUGUUAAACAAGAUUUGGACAUCUGUUGAUAAAGUUGUUACGUAAAAAGAGGUUUAAACAUAUUACAUCUUUACCAGUCCUGCUGACUGUAUAGCAGAAAUGCUGAUAGAGACUUACUAUUCUUCUGCUUUGAAGAAUAGACCUGAAAAGGACCCUGAAACAAUAGUAGACCAAGCCUGUGAGUGUCACAUCAGGCUGACCAGAGCAUCUCAGGACAAUUGAGAAACCUUGGAAUAUGACACUAGAAAUGUAUUUCAAGUAUUGAGAGAGAUAUACAAACAAAUUCAUUUGUGGGUUCAUACAAAAGAAGUUAUAGUAACAUAAAAUUAUUUUGGGUUUAGACAUAAUUGCAACAGUACUGUUAUUUUUGUCUGCUGAUUUGCAUUCUAUUUCACCCAAUGUAAAUCCAACACUGGCACCAGUGAAGGUAAAUGUGGAAUUCUUAAAAGUAUGAAACUUAGAGCCAUGUCUCACAGAAGUUACAUACUACACAUUUCUGAAGACCUGAGGGCUUGAUUGGGACAAAAAGAUACACAUGAACUAAUUUAUAGCAGUGAAAAGUAGCUGAAACUGAGAUGUUUUCAAAUAUCUGAGCUAAUUUUUCUCUUGCUAUCUGUGUCUCUAUGUUGUGCUCCACAGCAGAAAAAUACCCCUGCAUAUUUUUCAAUAUCCCAUCCAUUGCCAGUGGAAUCAGAGGUGUCAGAGAAGAUUUUAUUUUGUCAGCAUAAUCUUGAAUGCAGAUGAUAAUUAUGAAAACAAUAAUCUAGUUCCAUGUCAGCUGUUGGAAGUUUUGUUGGAAGAUUUGCAACUACACAAAACAUCUUUUUACUUACAAUUUAUAUUUCAUUCAUAAACUAUUUCUGCCCAAUAACCAAGAAAUACCAUGAUGCCAUUUUGUAGUCACUUUUCAGAGCACAGCAGUUAAUCUAACUCUACAGUUACACUCUUACUGUACAUUAGAAAAUAUAUGUGAUCUUCAGUUCCCUGCAGUAUAGGGCUAGGGUUAUCUGAAACUUGGCAUUUUUAUGCCUUUUAAAGCCAUCAUGCUGUAAACUGCAUGAAAUCCAGCAAAAAAUCUGUUUUCUUUCCUUUAAAUACAGUUGAUCACUACUUCAGAAAUAUUUACCACAUCAGCAUCUAUCCUUGCACAGGAUCCUCGUAGGCAAAGUACUCUGCAACCAUGUCUAAGAGAGUCUCUGCCUCUCAGAAUAGGGUACACAGGUUCAUCUUUCCUGCUGGUGAGAUAAAACACUUACUCCACUGUUUUAUGACUGAUUUUACUUAUCUCCAACUAUGCAAAUGCCACAUUUUUGCAUGUUUUGCAAAACCUGUUAACACCCCUUCCUGAAUCAAUCAACAGCAAACCUGAAUAUUUCACCUCUGUGAAAUAGUCUCUGUUAUUAUCAUAAAAAUCACAUGGGCAACAGUAGGCUGGCAAUCUAUGUUUGAUGUUUCUCCUCCCUGCAGCAGAUAAUAUAUGUGCAUAAUUGCUCAAGUGCCAUCUGGUUGCAACUUAAGAUGUGUUGCUCAUUGAUAAUGAAAGCACUGAUUUGGUCCCCCCACAUAAAAUGGAAGUCUGUUAAACACAAGUAUGCAUGAUUUUGUAGGACCCUGAUAUAAAAAAAGAGCAAUGCCUUGUCAAAACCUUUUAAGAAAUGCGUAUUUAAUAAUAGUUUUUCUAAGUAGACUGAAAAAUAUGGCUGAAAGAGACCUGUCUGUUUUGGAAUUGAAAAGUUUAAUUGUUGCUAUGGGCGUGGAGUGGCAGCAUGAAGCUCUCAGCCCAUUUAAUCACACUAUAGGGCUUCCCUAGCACAGAGGAAAGGAAAGGAAAGAGUGAGAUAAGAGGUGGUUGGGGCUCAGGCCAGAGUGCACUGCAGUAAAUGGCAAAGCUCUCUUUGACACCUGGGUGUAUGGCACUGCCCUUGUCUGCUCAGAACAUGGGGUGGUGUCAGAGCAAUUGGGAAAAAACCCAGGAAGUGACAACUGAGCAAAAUAUUAUUCAAAUGCACGAAAGACUUGCAGAUAUGAGAAAAACCCCAUAAUAAUCCUUUUUUUCAUGUCCAUUGAUAAUGCAAAAAGUAAUGGGAUUAAACUGUGGCAAGUGAGAUUUACUUUAAAGCAGGGGAAACUCUCUAAUGAACAGGGAGUGACUGGCAGGGAUCUCUUGCCUGAAGCAGUUGUCAAGUGCCCAUUAACAGGGAGGCUCUAGAAGAGGGUGAACACAUACCUGCCAAGAUAAGCUUAGCCCAUUCUGCCAUGGGGCAGGGAGAUGAAAGAAUGACCUCUGAGAUCCUUCCAACCCCUGCUGUGGUCCUCUGUGUUCUGCAUGGAGACUCCUCAUCUCUCAGCCUUUGUAGCAACGUUUGUGCAUAACUUGCCAUUUCAAGGAGCAAUGCCCUUAACAGUUUUUCCCUUUGACCAGUGUUCGAGACAAGAAAAAGGUGAAGGAUUAUGUGUUCCGUUUUUUAAAAUCAGUUUUAAAAUGUCCUUGUCUAUCUGAUAAUAUUAACUUUAAACACAUAUUAUUACCAUUUCAAAUGUAUGCAAAAGUAAUAAGGGAGGUGACUAGCAGCUUAGUAUUAAUUUGCUGCUUUUAUUUUUGGGAAAUUAACAUUCUGGGAAGAAUUUUAAUUGGACUUUUGUUAAUUCUCACAGCGAUGCUUUGGUUUUUCCUUUUGGGACUGGAGAGAAAAGUCAGCAGCUGGUGUUUGAGGAUGCUAGGGACUUACACCAUAUUAUGUCUAAUAUCUCUACUGUAAAUAAACAAAAUGAAUAAUUAAGUGAAUAAUGAGGUGUCCCAAAUGAAGACUUCUCUGACGGUAUCUGUGGAAUGUUUGUAUUCCUGUCAUUUGUUCUCUGUUGGGCAUCUUGGGCAGCACGUUGCCCAUAUGGAUAUUCACAAUGCAUUUUUUCCAAGCAGAACCCAGAAAUAAUAUUAACAAAGGUUGUCAGAUAUGCAGAGAUGUGUUUGCUCUUCAGAGUUCUAUCUGUCUGUAUGAAAGGGGCAAACAUAAGAAUAGGACAACUUGUGUCAUGGCCCCCGGGACACUGACAGGCCUGACUGCCCCUGCCCAGCUUCCCCCAGGGCCACCCCCACCCUGCUUAUGGCUCAGGACCCCAUGUCAGCCCCCCAGGGCCAUCAGCCCCUGCCCAGCAAUGCCACAGCAGGGCUGGUCUCCAGCUGCUCGCAGCUCUGCCCAGCCAUGGGCCCUGACAAGCCUGACAUACCUCUGGACUCAUGUUCCAACUGGUGCCCAGCCUGAGCCCAGCCUUAUCCCCAGGGAUGUGCCUCAUGCCCAGGGCUAGUGCAGCCCCUGGUGCCACCAGCCUGCCCUGCCAUCCUGGGGCUGUCCCAGAGCCCCCAGCCUGUCCUGCUGCAAUGAGCUCCUAUGGCCCAUUGGGAGCUGCCAGGGCCUGAUGCCCCACAGCUGCUGAGGUGGUUUAAACUCAGACAAAAUGCAGACAAGCUACAUUAGAGGUGUUGCAUAGUCUGUUCUGAUUAAAAAAAAAAUAAAAUCUGUGAAUUGUUGGGCUAUUUUACUGUUCUUGCUGCAGGGACAGACCUAGGAUUUUGUUUGCCUCCUGGAUGAAGAUGUUCCCCCCCACUGGGUCCCCCUAUCCUGCCUGGCCACCUGAAACAACACCAGGCCUCCUCUGGGUUUGAAAGAGGCAAAUCUCCAUCUUUGUAUUUUCAGGACUCCUGGGAGACUGCUGCCAUUCUCUCAUCAGCUCGUCCCAAAACCCCAAGACUUGUCAGUUUGUUGAACUUGGAUGUAAUACUAGAUGGAACUAAGAGAACACAGUGUUGUGAGGAGCAGCAGAGGGAGCUGGCAUUGUUCAGCCUAGAGAAAAGAAGGCUCAGGGUAGACCUUACUCCUCUCUACACCUAUCUGAAAGGAAUUUAUCCAGGUGGGUGGUGGUUACUUCUCCCAAGUAACAAACAGGACAAGAGGAAAUGGCCCAACUUGUGCCAGGGGAGGUUAGAUUGGAUAUUAGGAAAGCUCUCUUUGUGGAGAGGGUGGUCAGCCAUUGAAACAAGGCUGUCCAGGGAAGUGGUGGAGUCACCAUCCUUGGAAGUGUUCAAAGGUCAUGUGCAUGUGCUUUAGUGGUGAAGAUGGUCAUAUGAGGUUAGUGUUGGACUCAGGGAUUGUAGAGGUCUUUGCCAGCCUUAAUGAUUCUGUGAUUCAUGAAUCCAUACUUGGUGGAUGCAGAUGGUAUCUUCCAUACAUAACAAUUUUGCAAUGGAUGGAAAUGUUCAAAUCACUGGUACAUGAGUGGCACGAAGGACAACUCUUCUCAUGGUCCAUGCAGCAGCUAAGUACAGAGCAAAGGGUAGGAGCUGCUGGCUUCAGCCACAGACCUGCUUCAGCCAUUGCUGAAAAAUUGCUUAUUUUGUCUGUUCAUUGCAUUUUUAAAAUAUAAAUCAGAAGUAAUCUGGUUUGUUGAUUUCAUUUGCUUUUACAGAAAAAAAAAAAGGGUGACAACAUGAGUGACUGCUUGAUACCUCUGUAAAUGUGUGGUAUCAGGCAAAAUGAAGGUAUAUACGCAUUUUUUCCCCUUGAAUAUUUUAUUAACAUUCCUGUGAUCAGAACUGAGCAAGCUGAGUCCUGAAUUUCUGCUGCUGUGCUGGGGCAACAGGAGACACCUCCCUCAGCCAAAUUUCUAGUGAACUUUCUGAAGACAACAAUGGGGCAAGAGCCACAGGAUCCCAAAGGGGAACACCACCAUCUCCUGACUAACCUUAAGACAAAUGACUGGGGAAGCCUGACCCUGAGGCACCUGGAUUCUGUGGAAUUAGUAUUAUCUCAGCUUCAGCUUUCCACCUUGAAUGUAGCUGUGUGUAAAUAGAAUGCAAAGUGAUUUUUUUUUUUUUUGUAUAUGUGAUAUGAUAAUUAAAGUUAGCAUUUUCUCCACACUUGCUAUUCUGAACAGUAAAGGAAAGCUAAAUGAAUUGUCAAGGAGACAUAGUGGAAAUUAAUGAUGGGGAUAGAACUCAGAAGGGCUCU